AUGCAAGCCAAACUUCAUAUAUCGACCAGAAACCUUCUUUGCUCCCCUUCUGUGGGGAGACACCCCCCCCCGAGGGAGAGGGGCUCCGGGAGGAGGAGGAGGGAAGCCCGGGACCCGCCCGUCUCUCCGCCCGCCCGCCCGGGGGUCUCUCCGCCCGCGCACCCACCUUCCGCCGCUUCGCGCUCCUUGCCGCAGGCGACGCAGUUCGGCCGGCCGAGAAGCAGCAGCGGAGGCAGGACGGACUUGCGGCGGCCCAGGGCCUCCCUCCUUCUUUCUCUCGGCGCGUCUGCACGGCUGCCUGGUCCGUCGCGCCUCUGCGCCGCUAGGUCCCCGGCAACGCGGCUCCCUCUCGCUCGCCCGUUCUCUUCGAAAAGGGGCGGCGGCAGCAGCCGGGCAGCCGCGUCCGCCUCCUCCGGCGGCCAAAUCCCGAGCGGGGCUCCUCGGCGGCCGCCCGCCCGCCCGCCCUUCUUCCUUCCUCCGCUCUCUGGCGGGAGGCAAAGGCAGCCCGCCGGGCCCCGCGCUCUCUCUUCCCGCGAAGGGGCGCCGCCGGCUCGGGCCCCUCCGCCCGCCCGCCCGCCUUCCUCCGCCUCCCCUCGGCCCCUUCCCUCCUUCAGGCGCCCCUCCCUCCUGGUCGGGCAGAGGCGCCCCGGGCCUGGCGGCUCCCCCUCCUCUCUCUCGGCAGCCCCCCUGGUCGCGCCGCCAGAGGCCGGCGGGCUCCGCUUCUGGCUGGCUCCCCUUAGCGGAGGUUUCGCCUUCCUUCCAGGCCGCACAUCCCUGAAGCCCCGCGCGAGGAGGAGAAGCAGGAGGACUCGGCGCUUGCCCAGGGACUUCCGCAGACUUCCGUCCUGGGCGCCUGGAAAAGGCCUGAGGCGCCGGCAGCCAUUAUCCCAACUGGAUGAACUGAACUCCUUAAAAUGCUGCUACAGCAAUCGUGGAAGAUGGACACUUCUCUAACGCCAUCUCAAGAAGCCCUGCUCCCACUUUCAGAAGACAGACGUCUGGGCUCACUGAAGUUAUGGAGGUGUAUAACAAUUAUACAUAUUUAUACAUAUUGAGCUCUGGGCUGGAAAGCAGGAAGCAUUGUUGCUCUGGCGGAUCCCAAUAUGGAUUUGUGGCAGGAAUAGGUUUUUGCUCCAUGUGCAGGGUCCUGCUGGGAAGUGUAAGCUUAGUGCACCACAGGGAAUGGUAUUGGGGCAGGGAGCUUGACAUUUUUGAAAGAAGAAGACCUUUUAAAGGGAAUUGCACAAAAACAGACCUGAAGUUUGUUUGUUUGUUAAAUGGGCUGUUCUUCUGUGUGAAAUAUUUUUAUCUGCAGCACUUGGGUUUGUGGGCAUAGCCAGGAUUUGGGGGGGAGGGCAGAACCUCAGUUAGUUAAGUAUUUUUAUAUCAACUCUCCAUUUCCAUAGUUUCACUUCUCUAGUUCUAGAGGGGAGUUUAUGGCCCCUUCUAAUGUGUGCAUAUAUGUGAGAAACAUUUCAGGGAAAUGCAAAAUCUACAUGGAUCUUGAAGGACAAUUCCAAUUA